AUGAAUUUCAACAUAGAACCACCGAAGGAGUCAUUAAACCCUCCUCCACCUCCUCUGCCGGCACCUGCACCGUCAUCGUUUUCAUCACUACCAGAGGAAAUCGUUUUGAGUAUUUUGGCUCACAUAUCGGCAUCGUACUAUCCUAAACUCUCUCUUGUCUCCAAGAUCUUCCGCUCGCUCAUCCUCUCCAAGGACCUCGAGAAUGUGCGAAAACGCAUUAAAACCCUAGAAGAGUGUGUUUACAUCUGCGGCAAUCACGCACUCAUCCGUGUGAUCCUCCCAGAUGGUUCAGUCUCUGGAUCAAACCUGAUGAUCAUCAAACCCUAA